UCCGGUAAGGUAGACGCGAGGUAAAUUUUAUAUAACAACUCGCGUAUCACCGUAGGUCAUUUUGUUAACUAGCUUUGACGUGAUGUGUUAUCUCGAAAUAUUAAACUAAUGAGUUUAAAAUUGUGAAUUGAAAAAAUAUUAUCGAUAUCACCAAUGGAGUAUAAGAUAUUAUUUUUUAUUUUGACAGUGUGUCAUCAAACACUAUCAUACCACAAACACUGGCGUCAUUCGAACAGCGAUUACCAGGAUUAUGACUAUCCAUUCAAUCAGGAUAAGGGUACCCUGGUUUUCCCGGAUUCAAAUGAUGAAGACUAUCCACGAUGGAACAUCUUCCCGACCUCGAGCACUAGAAGGCCAUAUCCCAUAAACGACGUGCAGUCCUGCCUAUCCUCGUGCCCUGCCUCGACACAAUACAGACCCGUAUGUGGCACUGAUGAUGUCACAUACCAGAAUAUUGAUCGUUUGCGAUGUGCAAUGAAAUGCGGAGUCGAUGUGCAAGUUAAAUACAGGUUUGCCUGUAGCCAAUUCAGUAGCACAGAAUCUACGACCAGCACAAGUAAUAAUUUACAGGCUUGUAUGAACGAUUGUCCGACAACUCCGGAAUACAACCCCGUAUGUGGUACAGAUAAUGUCACGUACAAUAAUAUUGGGAAAUUAUAUUGUGCUAAGCAGUGUGGUGCUGAUGUUGAUCUGAAAAGAAGGCUACCAUGCCCCAAACCCACAACACAAGCUCCAACGGAACCACCUAACGAUUCUCAGGAAAAUGUACAAAGCUGCAUAUCAAAUUGUCCAGUGACAUCAGAAUACAAUCCUGUAUGUGGCACUAAUGAUGUCACUUACAAUAACGUCGGUCAAUUAGAAUGCGCAAAAUCGUGUGGCGUUGACGUAUCCCUACGUGGUCGCACGGCGUGCUUUUUGAUAACCACGUUACAAUCUCCAAUGGCCGGUGAUGUGCCCUUCCCAGAUAUGACAACAGAGUCAACUUCAUUCACCAUUCCUCAAGAUAUUUUAAACAGCAUUUUCAAAAAAAUCCCAGAUGACGACGAUAAUGUGGAACCCGAAAUUGAUCCUAGAUUUAAAUCUAAUUGAAAACAUAUCAACAUUUUAAUCUAUUUGUUAUUUUUUUAUAUUAAUAAAAAAUCAUAACCCAUU